AUGGCUGCCAUCACUUUAGUGCAGCAGUUCCUGGGCUUUGGGCAGGAACAGGAGGAUGGUGGAAUGAAGACUCGAUAUUUGGGCGCUGUGGCUGGCUCCGUGAUUCUCUUAAUCAGUGCAUUCACCCUCAGCCUCGGGAGACGAUCGAAAGAUUUUACCACCGACCAAGGCACGCGCAUCACAGAGAUUCCUGGUGACUCGCGCAUGUCCAAAUUUACUCGCAGUCGGGAAUUAUCCCAACAAGGAGAAGAUGCCGCCGGCACUGAGCCCUAUCUCCUUCGAAGUGGCCCUUAUAGGGAGCUAGUCAUUAGUCAGCCUGACCAGGUCCAUGAUUUUUACCAGCAUGACAGCAAAAGACACACAAAGCCUCGCAAUUUGAACUUAGGUGAGCAGUUUGGGAGUUUUCUGGGUCCCUGUGUUGGGGGCGAAUAUCGUGACCAUUGGCGAACGAUCCGCAAACACUUCGAACCUCCAUUUGCCUUCCACUCAGUCGCCCUGCGCGCUCCUAGGUUCAGACGAGAGAUAAACGACUGGCUGCAGAGCAAAGCUCCCAACCCCCGGGUCAACGAACUGGACAGUAAGAUUGACUUUAGAUUUCUGGUCUUCAAGCUGCUAUCACUGCAUCUGUAUGAAGAUGCCUUUGACGAUCGAUCCUACUGGAGCCUACUUGAGCUGAAUGACCUAUAUGAUGGGAUCGUUGCAGACAUCCUGAACAGCAAAUAUCCCGACUCGAAGCUGUUCAAUUUGUUUUGCUGGGGCCCCAAGAAACGGCUUCGGGAAUUCCAGGUCAAAUGGAGGGACUUUCAUCGCUUGGUCAUUGAAAACGCGCGUGGUUCCAUCCAUCAGGGAGGCUGGGCGUGUCCCAUGGAGGUGAUCUACCGUGGAGUCGAUCCACAGAAGGAUCUUACCGAAGACGCGUUUCUGGCGACAAUGACGGAGAUUCUGUUCGCCAACGUCAAUAUAAGUGCCGAAGUCUUUCACACCAUCUUCUCCAACCUAGCAAGUAACCCCUCGAUCCAGACCGCACUGCGCAAAGAGAUCCAGGAGUGGAAGUCUAAGCUUGAUUUUGACUUGCCCAAAUAUCUGGCGAAACAUGAUACCCUGCUGAACCGCGUUCUGAUGGAAAGCAUGCGUAUCUCUCCAGCCUUUUGGUUCUCAAUGCCUGAAUGCACCGCGGAUACGAAGAAGAUUGGCCAAUAUAAUAUCCCUGCCGGCACUCCCGUGGUUAUUGACACCCGCCGACUGAAUAACGACGCCGUGACCUGGGGUACAACAGGCGACGUUUUCAAUCCAGAUAGAUUUCUUAAGCUUCCGAGCCAGAGUCUACGUUGUGGCUUCAUGAGAUAUGGUACAGGGGCAUCAUCGGGACGGUGCUUGGGGAAGAAUGUGGCCGAUGCAGUGUUCAAAUUGACGAUGAUAGAGGUGAUGGAACGGUUUCGCUUGGAGAGCGCGAGUGAGAGUCAGGAAAAAGGCCGAGAGGGGGAUAUUAGGUUGAUUUCUCUCUAG